AAAACUGGUCCGUAUGUUAUAUAGCAUCAGUGCUGAUCAUUUCCUAGUGCCAUCAUGUUCUUCCUGUAUGAACGCUUGUAUUUUGAAUACUUGUAUUUUGCCUGGUGACUCCAGUGGUAAACUGGGCCACUUCCUCUGUCAGCAGAUUCACAUGACUGAGAUAAAAUCCAAGAAGUAGGCAAGAUCUUCUCACCUGUAAUGAGAACAAUGAAAACGUGCCCCAACCAGAUUGUUCUAGAUGUCAAAUGUCCUGAAACCAUGAAAGUGCAACAGUUCUUUGCUUAUACCACCUAAUCUGUUCGCUCCUGACAUUUUUCUUUCUCACCCUUUAGGUAACCAAGAUGGAUUACAGCUCGUUCAGUGGAGUCCCCCGAUUCUUGACCCGGCCUAAGGCAUUUAUGGUGUCCGUGGGGAAGGACGCCACCCUGAGCUGCCAGAUCAUUGGGAACCCCAUCCCAGUUGUGAGCUGGGAAAAGGAUAAACUUCCAGUCCAGUCUGGGGGAAGGUUUAAAACCACAGAAGAUGGGGAUCUCUAUCGGCUAACAAUCUAUGAUCUGAGCCUGGAGGACAGUGGCCAAUACAUCUGCCGGGCCAAGAACACCAUUGGGGAAGCUUUUGCUGCUGUCAGUAUCAAAGUUGGAGAGGAGACCACGGUAACAGAGUCAGCCCCGUAUUUCAUCCAGAAGCCGUCCUCCAUCAAAGUAACUUUGGGCGAGGAUGCCAUGUUCAAAUGCAAAGUUCAGGGCAGCCCUCCCCUCUCGGUGAACUGGGAGAAAGACGGGAGACACCUGCGGAACCGGGCUGACGCAGGCCGCUUCCAGAUCGAGUCUUCCGGGGAGUCAAAUGCUCUCACUAUCCAAUGUGCCCGGCUGGGGGACAGUGGCACAUACACGUGCCGGGCAGAGAAUCCCAUCGGCUCUGCCAGCGCUUCAGCUGCGCUGGUGGUGGAAACGCAGGGCUCUUCGAACCCAGGCAGCAGCAGCCAUUUUGACACCAGCUGCGGCAAGACGGCUUCCUUGUUGUCUCACUUGCAGAAGAGGAGGGAGGAGAUAAGGAAGACAGAUGUAGCCCAUGGGUCUCUCGAUUCCACGGCUGCCCAGUCUUACUCCAUGACAGAAGGGCUGUCCAGCAUCAGUUACAGCCUCUCCCGGGACUACGAGCGGGCAGCCGGCCUCACCACCAAAGGGGCCCGCAAUGCAACCUUCGGCGCGCUGACGCGCACCUGCAGCGUGACGGAGGGCAAGCACGCUAAGCUGAGCUGCUACGUGACGGGUGAGCCCAAGCCUGAGAUCGUGUGGAAGAAGGACAACGAGGUCAUUUUGGAAGGGCGGCGGCACGUCAUCUACGAGGACGAUCAGGAAAACUUUGUGCUGAAGAUCCUCUUCUGCAAGCAGGUAGACAACGGGCUGUACACCUGCACGGCCUCUAACCUGGCAGGCCAGACCUACAGCUCUGUGUUGGUCACUGUCAAAGAACCCUCGAUACCCUUCAAGGAAAAACUGAAGGAUCUUGAAGUUCGGGAGAAGGAAUCUGCCACCUUCCAAUGCGAGGUACCUGUUCCUAGUACGGAGACAGCUUGGUUCAAGGAGGAAACCAAACUCCGGCAGAGCAAGAAAUACAACAUCGAGGAAGAGGGCACGUACCGCCGGCUCACCGUCCAGAACGUCACUGCAGAUGAUGAUGCCGUCUAUAUCUGUGAGAUGAAAGAAGGAAGCAGGACCAUUGCAGAGCUGUCUGUCCAAGGGAACAUCAUUAAAAAACUUCCACGAAAGACUGCAGUUUCCAUAAACGAUACAGCCAUCUUCUGUGUGGAGCUGGACAACGAAUGCCAGAACAUCCGCUGGCUGAAAAACAAAGAGGAGGUGAAAGCCAGUGAUCGGAUCUCCAUCACACGCUCUGGCAAGCAACACACCAUGAUCAUCCGAGAGUGUACGAUGGAAGACGCUGGUGAAAUUGCCUUCCUGGCUGAUGAAAGCAGGACUUCUACCCAGUUCACUGUGACCACUCCCAAAAAACCUCCCACACAGCCCCCAGUUGACCCCGUGGUGAAAAAUAAAACAGAAACCUCAGUGACGCUAGCAUGGUCCCCUCCGAAGCUGGACCGCCCCAUUCCAAUAGAUGGCUACGUAGUGGAACGCAAGAAACUAACUGGCUUUACCUGGGUGAGAUGCCACGAGUCUCACAUCCCUGUCCCCGAGUUCACAGUGAGCAAUCUGGCAGAAGAGGCUGAUUACCAGUUCCGAGUGUCUGCCAUCAACGCACAUGGACAGAGCCCGUAUCUGGAAUUCCCAGGGAGCAUGCACCUCGAACCGGUCCUGGCUGUGAAAACCCCCUUGACAACUGUUGAAGCUGUACCUGGAGGGGAUGCCAUGUUCACUAUUGACCUCACAAAAACGUGUUCUGGAACUUGGUACCUUAAUGGUAAGGUCUUGCAGGAAAGUGAGACCUAUAUCAUUAAGAGAACCCAAACUACUCACAACCUAAUCAUAAAGAAUGUCACCAAGAACGAUGAUGGAGCAGAAGUGAAAUUUGUUGCCAACAAUGUUGAUAUGAGCACCAAGAUGAGAGUGAGAGGUGCUGAAGUGAGAUUUACCAACAAGAGCAGAGAUAUAGAAAAGGUCUCUGCUCGGCUGCGUGAGGAAGCCAAACUUCAGGCUGAGCUUUCAGACACAGACGCUACUGUGAAGUGGAUGAAGGAUGGGAAAGAGCUCAAGGCCAGUGAAAAAUAUGAACUUCAAGCUGUGGGGAAGAGGCACGUCUUGAAAAUUCGCAACAUUGCAACAGAGGAUGCUGGAGUUUAUCAGUGCAUCUGUGAAGGGGAUAAAAUGGUCUUCCAGCUUUCAGUGAAAGCACUUGCAACCUUCAUAAACAAAGAGAGAACUGGAGGAGUUAUCAGGGCCAUCACUGGAAAACAAGCUGAAUUUGUUUCUGAGACCUCUGAAGCCAACAUCAUGGUUAAGUGGUAUAAAGAUGGCAAAGAAAUCACGGCCAGCAAGAAAUUCACUAUGGAAGAUAAGGGGAAACUGCAUAAACUUGUGGCUUCAGCUGUGACAAAAGAAGAUGAGGGAACAUACACAUGCAAAAUUGGAGAUGACACUCUUAUUUUUGAUUUAAAAGUCUCAGAUGAAGCUGUUAAUUUUGUUAACAAGCCCAAAACAACUCCGGAAAUAUCAGUCAGUCCUUCUGAAAACCUUGAGCUGGUGUGUGAGGUGUCGGCUGCAAGUGGAACUGUCGUAUGGAAGAAGGAUCAAACUGAGGUGAAGCAGGACCAGAGGACAACAAUCAUCUCUCAGGGGACACACCGCAAGCUCAUCAUCAAAAAUGUGACGCUGCAAGACCAAGGGAGCUAUACCUGUGAAACAAAGAACGACAAAGCAACAUUCCAAGUCAAAGUCAGAGAGAAAGAUGUGUUUACAAACAAGGACAAGGUACAAAAGGAGGUGAAGGCUGUACUGACACAAAAUGCCACGCUGAGCUGUGAUGUGGCCCAGGAGAAAACCGAUGUGAAAUGGUACAAGGAGGGGAAGCUGAUCACCUCGAGCAAGAAGUUCAAGGUGGAGUCGGAGGGCAAAUCUCGUCGGCUGGUGGUGAGUGAGGUGGAGAAGAAAGAUGCUGGGGAGUACACCUGCGAGGCUGCUGGCCAGAAACUGACCUUCAAGAUUGUUGUCACAGAAGAAGACGGUUUUAUCAACAAGGACAAAGUGCAGAAGGAGGUGAAAGCUGCACUGACACAAAAUGCCACACUGAGCUGCGAGGUGGCCCAGGAGAAGACUGAUGUGAAAUGGUACAAGGAACGGAAGCUGAUCACCUCGAGCAAGAAGUUCAAGGUGGAGUCGGAGGGCAAAUCUCGUCGGCUGGUGGUGAGUGAGGUGGAGAAGAAAGAUGCUGGGGAGUACACCUGCGAGGCUGCUGGCCAGAAACUGACCUUCAAGAUUGUUGUCACAGAGCCAGAAGCUGUAUUCACAAACAAGGAGAAGGUGCAGAAGGAGGUGAAAGCUGCUCUAACAGAAAAUGCCACACUGAGCUGCGAGGUGGCCCAGGAGAAGACUGAUGUGAAAUGGUACAAGGAGGGGAAGCUGAUCACCUCGAGCAAGAAGUUCAAGGUGGAGUCGGAGGGCAAAUCUCGUCAGCUGGUGGUGAGUGAGGUGGAGAAGAAAGAUGCUGGGGAGUACACCUGCGAGGCUGCUGGCCAGAAACUGACCUUCAAGAUUGUCGUCACAGAGCCAGAAGCUGUAUUCACAAACAAGGAGAAGGUGCAGAAGGAGGUGAAAGCUGCACUGACACAAAAUGCCACACUGAGCUGCGAGGUGGCCCAGGAGAAGACUGAUGUGAAAUGGUACAAGGAACGGAAGCUGAUCACCUCGAGCAAGAAGUUCAAGGUGGAGUCGGAGGGCAAAUCUCGUCGGCUGGUGGUGAGUGAGGUGGAGAAGAAAGAUGCUGGGGAGUACACCUGCGAGGCUGCUGGCCAGAAACUGACCUUCAAGAUUGUUGUCACAGAAGCAGAAGAUGCUUUUGUAAACAAGGAGAAGGUACAGAAGGAGGUGCAGGCAGUCACGAAAGACAAUGCCACACUGAGCUGCGAGGUGGCCCAGGAGAAGACUGAUGUAAAAUGGUACAAGGAGGGGAAACUGAUCACCUCGAGCAAGAAGUUCAAGGUGGAGUCGGAGGGUAAAUCUCGUCGGCUGGUGGUGAGUGAGGUGGAGAAGAAAGAUGCUGGGGAAUACACCUGCGAGGCUGCUGGCCAGAAACUGACCUUCAAGAUUGAUGUAACAGAUGAUGUGUUUGAACACAAAGACAAAGUGCAGAAGGAGGUGAAAGCUGCACUAACACAAAAUGUCACACUGAGCUGCGAGGUGGCCCAGGAGAAGACUGAUGUAAAAUGGUACAAGGAGGGGAAACGGAUCACCUCGAGCAAGAAGUUCAAGGUGGAGUCGGAGGGCAAAUCUCGUCGGCUGGUGGUGAGUGAGGUGGAGAAGAAAGAUGCUGGGGAGUACACCUGCGAGGCUGCUGGCCAGAAACUGACCUUCAAGAUUGUUGUCACAGAGCCAGAAGCUGUAUUCACAAACAAGGAGAAGGUGCAGAAGGAGGUGAAAGCUGCACUAACAGAAAAUGCCACACUGAGCUGCGAGGUGGCCCAGGAGAAGACCAAUGUGAAAUGGUACAAGGAGGGGAAGCUGAUCACCUCAAGCAAGAAGUUCAAGGUGGAGUCGGAGGGCAAAUCUCGUCGGCUGGUGGUGAGUGAGGUGGAGAAGAAAGAUGCUGGGGAGUAUACCUGUGAGGCUGCUGGCCAGAAACUGACCUUCAAGAUUGUUGUCACAGAGCCAGAAGCUGUAUUCACAAACAAGGAGAAGGUGCAGAAGGAGGUGAAAGCUGCUCUAACAGAAAAUGCCACACUGAGCUGCGAGGUGGCCCAGGAGAAGACUGAUGUGAAAUGGUACAAAGAGGGGAUGCUGAUCACCUCGAGCAAGAAGUUCAAGGUGGAGUCGGAGGGCAAAUCUCGUCGGCUGGUGGUGAAUGAGGUGGAGAAGAAAGAUGCUGGGGAGUACACCUGCGAGGCUGCUGGCCAGAAACUGACCUUCAAGGUUCACGUUACAGAAGUAGAGGAUGGUUUUAUCAACAAGGACAAAGUGCAGAAGGAGGUGAAAGCUGCUCUAACAGAAAAUGCCACACUGAGCUGUGAGGUGGCCCAGGAGAAGACCAAUGUGAAAUGGUACAAGGAAGGGAAGCUGAUCACCUCGAGCAAGAAGUUCAAGGUGGAGUCGGAGGGCAAAUCUCGUCGGCUGGUGGUGAGUGAGGUGGAGAAGAAAGAUGCUGGGGAGUACACCUGCGAGGCUGCUGGCCAGAAAAUGAACUUCAAGAUUCAUGUUACAGAGCCAGAAGCUGUAUUUACAAACAAGGAGAAGGUGCAGAAGGAGGUGAAAGCUGCACUAACAGAAAAUGCCACACUGAGCUGCGAGGUGGCCCAGGAGAAGACUGAUGUGAAAUGGUACAAGGAGGGGAAGCUGAUCACCUCAAGCAAGAAGUUCAAGGUGGAGUCGGAGGGCAAAUCUCGUCGGCUGGUUGUGAAUCAGGUGGAGAAGAAAGAUGCUGGGGAGUACACCUGCGAGGCUGCUGGCCAGAAACUGACCUUCAAGAUUGAUGUCACAGAGCCCAAACCUGCAUUUAUAAACCAGGAAAAGGUACAGAAGGAGGUGAAUGCUGUCCUGACUGAAAGCGCCGUUCUCAGCUGUGAGGUAGCACAGGAUGCAACUGAAGUAAAAUGGUACAGGGAUGGAAGACUCCUUGUUUCCUCUAGAAAGUUCAAAAUAGAAACUGUGGGUAAAACCCGGCGUCUGGUUGUAGAGCAGCUGGAAAAGAAAGAUGCUGGAGAAUACGUCUGUGAGGCUGCUGGCCAGAAGCUGACCUUCAAGUUGGAACCAACUGAACCAGAAGCUAAAUUUGAAAACAAAGUUGUCCAGAAGGAGCCCCUCAUUGUUCAAGAACAUGAAAGCAUCACUUUGACUACUUCAGUAACGCCUGAAACUGCUGUAGUAAAGUGGUUCAAAGAUGGAGCAGAAAUCAAGGCGAACAAGAAGUAUGAGAUCAAGAGCGAGGGGGCAUCCAGGACUCUGACAGUGAACCUGGCAGAGAGCACAGACACUGCUGUGUACACUUGCAAGACAAAAAGUGACAAGCAGGAAUUCAAAGUACAGGUGAAAGAAAUCCCAGUGAAGUUUGCCAAAAAGCUUGAAGCUGUUAAUGCUGAGAUUGGAGGCAGCGUGUCUUUGACCUGUGAAGUGAGCCAUGCCAAAGGGAAGGUGGUGUGGCGCAGGAAUGGAGUUGAGAUCAGGCCCAGCAAACGUUUCCAGAUUCACGAGGAGGGUGUCAAACGAACCCUGACAAUAACAGGGAUCCGGGCUGAGGAUGAGGGAGAGUACUUCUGUGAGUCCAGAGAUGACAAGAGCAGCGUUACCAUCACCCCCAAAGCUCCCAGAGUGGUGAAAUUUGUUACAAGUCUCAACAGUGUGGUCUCUGAGGAAGGAAAAGAGGCUGUGUUCAAGUGCACCGUUUCUCCCAGUGAUGCUGUAGUCACGUGGCUCAGGAAUGGUGUCAAGAUUGAAGCCAGCAAGAAGUAUGUGAUCUCACAGAAGGACACCAACCACAGUCUCACGAUCACUGAUCUGACACUGGAAGAUGCAGCUGAAAUCUCUGCCAAUGCGGAGGGUGUAGAAAGCACAGCCAAUCUCAGAGUCCGAGAGGCCUCAAUCUCCUUCAAGAAGAAACUGGAGGCCAGAACUGUUGAAGAGAAGGAUACAGUGACCUUGGAGGUAGAACUGACCAAGCCUGCAGAGGUGAAGUGGAUGAGGAACAGCAUCAUAUUGAAGCCCAGUGAAAAAAUAGAGAUCAAAACUGAGGGAACAAAGCACAUCUUGGUGGUUAAGGACAUCUCCUUUGCAGACAGGGGCUUUUACUGCUGUGAGAGUCCUGAUGACAAGACACAAGCCAAGAUCAACGUGGAAAUGAGGCAGAUCAAGCUGGUGAAAGGCCUUCAGCCCCUCGAAGUCUCUGAGAAAGGGACUGUCACCUUUGAGGUGGAGGUGUCCCAUGAGGAUGUGGAAGGGACCUGGCAGAAGGACGGCGUUCGGCUGAAGCCUGCCCCGAAUAUCAGUAUGGGCGUCCAGGGGAAGAAACAUUCACUGACACUUUCUUCUGUGACUCUUGAAGAUGCAGGACUCAUCUCCUUCAAAGCAGAUGGCAUUCAUUCAUCAGGGAGGCUCACUGUGACAGAAUUGCCUGUGAAAAUCAGCAAACCGUUGGUAGACGCUAGUGUAACUCAGAAGGACAAGGUCACAUUUGAGUGUGAGCUGUCCAGGCCCAACGUGGAUGUUAAGUGGUUCAAGGAUGGGAAGGAGCUCCAGCAAAGUAAAAAAGUGGGGAUUGUUUCCCAAGGAAAUAAGAGAAGUCUCAUUAUUCACAAGUGUGAAUAUGAAGACCAGGGAACCUACAUGUGUAAAGCAGCUGAAGACAAGACAUCAGCUACUCUAAAGGUUCAUGCCCGAGAUAUCAAGAUUGUUAAACCACUGGAAGAUGUGGAAGUGAAUGAAUAUGAGAGUGCAUCUUUCGUCUGUGAGAUUUCACACGACGAGGUCCAAACCCAGUGGUACAAAGAUGACAGCAAGCUGAAGGCUGAUGACAAUAUUAGAAUGCGUCAAGAUGGAAAGACCUAUUCGCUGACUUACACGCGUGUCCAAGUCAAAGAUGCAGCAGAGAUCAAAUUUGUCGCUGAAAAGGCAGAAUCUCAUGCCCAGCUUAGAGUGAAAGAGCUGCCUGUAAAAAUUGUGAAGCCUUUGCGGGAUAAGAUUGCACUUGAAAAACAUCGGGGAUUCCUGGAAUGCCAAGUAUCUCGUGCCAACGCUGAAGUUAAAUGGUAUAAAAAGGAUAUGGAAAUUCACCCUAGUGACAAAUAUGAAAUUGUGAGCGAAGGUGUCUAUCGGAAACUCAUCAUCAAUGAUGCAGAUUAUGAAGAUGAGGACACAUACACUUGUGAUGCCUUUGAUGACAAAAGCAGUGCUCAUUUCUUUGUUGAAGAGCAAUCCAUUAACAUUGUAAAGGAGCUGUGUGAUGAGGACGUGACUGAGCCAGAAGAAGCCAAAUUUGAAUGUGAGAUAUCCAUUCCAUCUGUGAAACCCCCCAAAUGGUAUCUACGUGGAGAAGUCUUACAGGCUGGCAGAAACAUUAUCAUGCAGCAAGAAGGCACCAUCCACCGGCUGACAAUACUGAAAACCAGCGCUGAUAUGACAGGCACCGUUCAGUUCUCCAUCGGCAAAUCAAAAUCCACAGCAAACCUGCUUGUCAGAGAUUACCAUAUACAGAUCACCAGGAAGAUGGAGGAUAAGACAGCUUUGGAACGCCAUUCUGUCAUCCUGUCUUGUGACUUCAGGCCUUCUCCAAAGGUUGUGAAGUGGUUCAAGGGCCACACACCCAUCGAGCCCUCUGAAAAGUACAAGAUCAAGCGGGAGAAGCAUUCAGCAGAGCUCAAGAUUCUGAAGGUGAAGCCUGAAGAUGCUGGUGUGUACAAGUGCAGGGCAGGAAAUGCGGAGACCGAAGCCACACUGACAGUUGAAGCCCGCAACGUAGAAGUAAUCAAACACCUGCAGGAUGUGGAAAUUGAAGAAGAGAGCUCUGCUGUCUUCUCCUGUGAGCUGACCCAUGAUGACGAGGAUGUGGAAUGGUUCCUGAACGGCACCCUCCUUUACACCAACAAUUUCAAUGACAUCAAGAAUGUUGGCAACUGCUACACGCUGACGAUGAAGCAGGUCAAGCCUGAAGAUGCUGGCACAGUGACAAUGAAGUCAGACAAGGUGUCAGAGACCGCGCAUCUGAAGGUGAUAGAGAAGCCUGCUGUCUUCAUGAAGUCCUUGGAUGAUGUUUUUGGUGAGGAGCGAGGUGUAAUUAAACUGGAAUGUGAAGUCUCCAAAGAGAAGGUCAAACCUGUUUGGAAAAAGGAUGGUGUGGUGCUCACUGCUGGCAACAAGUAUGAGCAGAUACAGUCUGGGAAGACUCUGUGUCUCCUUAUCCAUGACCUUGAAAAGACAGAUGCAGGUUUAUACACCUGUGAUAUUGACACUGAUGUUGCCAAGUCAAAGGUCAACAUUCAGGAACUGAACAUUGGCAUUACCAAACGGCUGAAGAACACUGAAAUCCACGAGGGAGAAGACUGUAUGUUUGAGUGCAUUUUGUCCCAUGAAAGCAUUGAUGACUUCAACUGGACACUGAAUGGGAGCAAAGUGGAAAGUGGAGGGCGAUUUAAAGCCUUUAACAUGGGUCGGAAGUAUACUCUGAGUAUCAAAAGUGCGAUUCCUGAUGAUAGUGGGGAAGUCAUUUUCACUGCCCGUGGUCUAAUCUCCAAGGCCUCUCUGGUUGUGAAAGAAAAACCUACAGAGGUUACAAAACAACUGGAGGAUAAAACAGCAGCAGCGGGGCAGGACAUCAGCCUGAGCUGCGAAUUGUCAAAGCCCGAUGUGAGCAUCAGGUGGUACAAGGAUGGCAAAGCAAUCCGAAAAAGCCAGAAGUAUGACUUGCACCAAGAGGGAACACGGGCCAUCCUGAUCAUCCAUGACUCCACAGUCAAGGACAGUGGGGAGUACACCUGUGAGACAGAAGUCUCUAAAACGAAAGCCAGGAUCACAGUGCAGGAGAAACCUAAUUACUUUGUCAAGGAACUUUCAGAUCUGAAAGUUGAUGAAAGUGGAAUUGCAGUUUUUACGUGCCAGAGUGAGAAAGCCGCGUCCUCUGUGGUCUGGAGGAAAGGCAUAGCUGAACUCAGGGCUAGCAAGAAAUACGAGAUCACGCAGAAAGGACACGUCCUGCAGCUGACCAUAAAUAAUUUGGAGAAAAGUGACAGUGACACGUAUACUUGCGACAUUGGUGAUGCUCAGUCCAGAGCCAAGCUAGUCGUGCAAGGCCAGAAAGUGCUAAUAACAGAAGACCUGGAAGAUGUCACUGUGUUAGAAGGAGAAUCUGCCAUGUUCAAAUGCAGAAUCUCUCCUGUAGACUAUAGCAAAGUGCAGUGGUUUUUGGAUAAAACCCCACUUCAUACCAAUGAACUUAAUGACAUCCAGUCUCAGUCUGGUGGAUAUCACUUGCUAACACUGAAAAAGCUCUCACUGAAGGACUCGGGGGUCAUUACAUUUGAAGCUGGUGAUAAGAAAACAUCUGCCAAUUUGGUUGUUAAAGAAAAGCCCUGCAUCUUCACAAAGGAGCUGGUUGAUACUGAAGUCACUGAGGGAGAGGAUGUGAUUCUCCACUGUGAAAUCUCCAAAUCAGACAGCCCUGUAAAGUGGUGCAAAGAUGGGAAGAGCCUUAGGAAUUCUUCUAAGUAUAACAUCAGCCGGUCGGGAUUUGAAGCCAAGCUGGUCAUUCACAGGGCAGAAGAAAGAGACAGUGGCAGAUAUGAGUGUGAGGCUGGAGCAGCUAAAAGUAGUGCGGUUAUUACUGUCAAGGAAAUACCAGUUCUCUUCAAGCAAGAGCUUCAAAACGAAGAAGCUAAAGAAGGAAAACAAGUCAAACUGACCUGUGAGCUCAGCAAACCUGAUACCCCAGUGAAAUGGAUGAAAGGAGACACUGUUCUUUAUGCCAGUGAGAAGUAUGAAUUUAAGCAGCAUGGCACUGUGGCAGAGCUCAUUAUUCGAGAUGUCAAAUCGAUAGAUUCUGGGGACUAUACCUGUACUGCUGGAGAACUGAAGACCACUGCUCAGGUGAAAGUAAAUGCUGUGCCUGUCCUUUUUAAACAAACCCUGGAGAACAAGGAAAUGGAAGAGGGGAAAUCUGUCUCUUUGCGCUGUGAACUCACAAAAGCUGAUGCCACUGUGGUGUGGAAGAAGGGAGAAGCCACACUCCAGGCAAGUGCCAAAUAUGAAAUGAAGCAGAAGGGAACAGUGGCAGAGCUGGUGAUUCAUAAUGCAGAGCCAGAAGAUGCGGGAAGAUACACCUGUGACACUGGAGACCAGCAGACCACAGCCCAAGUCAAAAUCCAUGCUGUUUCUGCACUCAUCGAAGAAGAACUUAAGAGCCUAGAGGCUCUGGAAGGUGGGACAGCCACCCUGCGCUGCCAGCUGAGCAGAGAGGCCCCUGUGGAGUGGAGGAAGGGGCACACUGUUCUCAGGCCAAGUAACAAGUACAGGAUGAGACAAGAGGGCACAGUGGCUGAGCUGCUGAUCCAUGAUGUGGACACAAAGGAUGCUGGAGACUAUACAUGUGUAGUGGGAAGCCAAAAAACCACAGCAGCCUUAUCAGUGAAUGCCCUGCCAGUCCGUUUCAAAAAAGAGCUGAAGAAUGAGGAAGCCACAGAGAGUGGAACAGCCACGCUGCAGUGCGAGCUGAGCAAGGCAGGCAGCUCGGUCGAGUGGAGGAAGGACGGAAAGGUGCUGAUGCUAAAUGGCAAAUACAAAAUGAGACGGGAAGGCCGCUUUGCUGAGCUGGUAAUCCAAGACCUAGACUUGACCGAUGCCGGGAGUUACACCUGUGUGUGUGAAGACCAGAAGACUACAGCUACUUUGAAAGUGAAUGCCUUGCCUGUCCUCUUCCAAGAAGAAAUGGUGAACAAGGAAGCUACAGAGGGUGAGGCAGUUGCUUUGCACUGUAAACUGAGCAAAUCGGCUCCCGUUGAGUGGAGAAAGGGGAAUAAGGUCCUCAAACCAAGUGAAAAAUACAAAAUAGAGCAGGAAGGCCCCUUUGCGGAGCUGAUCAUCCGGGAUUUGGAUUUGACAGACGCUGGUGAUUACAGCUGUGUGUGUGGAGAUCAACAGACUACGGCCACUUUGACAAUAAAUGUCCUACCCACUCUUUUCACCAAAGAACUGAAAGAUGCAGAAGCUACAGAAGGUAAAAGUGUCUCUCUACGCUGUGAGCUGAACAAGGCUGCUGCUAAUGUGGAGUGGAAAAAGGGAUUCAAGACCCUCAAAUCAAGUGACAAGUAUAAAAUGAAACGAGAAGGUGUCGUUGCUGAGCUUAUAAUCCAAAAUCUAGACACGACGGAUGCUGGAAAUUAUUCCUGCGUGUGUGGAGACCAGCAGACUAUGGCAGUUUUAACAGUACAUGCUUUGCCUGCGUUUUUCAAAGAAGGUUUGAAAAACAGAGAAGCCACAGAUGGUGCAACAGCCACACUGCACUGCGAGCUGAGCAAGGUCGGGGUCCCAGUGGAGUGGAAAAAGGGGGACAAGACACUCAAACCAAGUGAUAAGUAUAGGAUGAGACAAGAAGAAACCUCUGCAGAGCUGUUGAUCCGAGAUCUGGAGGUAGAAGAUACCGGAGAAUAUACUUGUGUGUGUGGAGAUCAGAAGACCUCAGCUGUCCUGACAGUCCAUGCUUUGCCUACACUGUUCAAAAAAGAGCUCGCCAAUAUGGAAGCCACAGAAAGCGGGACAGCUGUUCUGCAGUGUGAGCUAACCAAAUCCACUCCGGUGGAGUGGAAGAAAGGGCAAGAGGUGCUCAAGCCUAGUGACAAGUACAAAAUGAGGCUGAAGGAUACCAUUGCUGAGCUGACGAUCCAUAACCUGGAGGAACAAGAUGCGGGAGAUUACACGUGUGUGUGCGGAGAGAAGACAACUAGUGCAUCCCUGACCGUGCAUGCCCUUCCUCCGCAUUUUAAAAAAGAAUUGAAGAACAUGGAAGCCACAGAAAAUGGUACAGUCACUUUGUGCUGUGAACUGAACAAGCCUGCAGCUUCUGUGGAAUGGAGGAAAGGAGACAGAGUCCUAGAGCCAAAUGACAAGUUCUCCAUAAGAUGUGAGGGCACAAUUGCUGAGCUGAUGAUCCGUGACUUAGAUCUGACAGAUGCUGGAGAUUACACAUGCUGUUACGGAGAUCAGAAAACUACAGCUGCCGUAAAAGUGAAUGCCUUGCCUGCACACUUCAAGGAAGAGAUGAAGAAUGAGGAAGCCACAGAAGGUGGAACAGCCACACUACAAUGUGAGCUAUCUAGGGCUGCCUCUGUGGAGUGGAAAAAGAAACACAAAGUGCUCAAAUCAAGUGAAAAAUAUACUAUGAGACAGGAAGGUACCACAGCACAACUACUGAUCCAUGCUUUAGAAGUCAAGGACGCUGGGGAGUAUAUCUGUGUGUGUGGAGACGAGAAGACUACUGCAGCAUUGACAGUGCACGCCCUUCCUGCUCUCUUCAAAGAAGAGUUAAGAGAUGUGGAAGCCACUGAGGGUGAAGUAGUCACUCUGCACUGUGAGUUGACCAAGACUGCUCCAGUGGAAUGGAAAAAGGGGCACAGAGUACUCAAACCUAGUGAGAAAUACAAAAUGAGGCAGAAGGAUGCCACUGCAGAACUGGUGAUCCAUAACCUAGAUGAGAGCGAUGCUGGUGAUUACACCUGUGUGUGUGGGGAUAAGCAGUCCACAGCUUCCUUAGCAGUACACGCACUGCCUGCACGCAUCAAGGAAGACCUGAAGGAUGAGGAAGUAACAGAAGGUCGAACGGCCACUCUGCGCUGCGAGCUGACCAAAGUUGCUCAGGCAGAGUGGAGAAAGGGAAGCACUUUGCUCAAAGCCAGCGACAAAUACAAAAUGAAACAGGAAGGCACAGUUGUGAAGCUGCUUGUCCAUGACGUAGAACUGAAAGAUGCUGGAGAAUACACUUGUGUGUGUGGAGAACAGGAGACAACAGCUGCCUUGAUAGUGAAUGCCCUGCCUGCACUUUUCAAAGACAAACUGAAGAACCUGCAGGCCAUAGAAAGCCAAACAGCCACUCUGCGCUGUGCACUGACCAAGGCUGCAUCUGUUUCAUGGAAAAAAGGAAACAAAAUACUCAGAGCAAGUGAAAAAUACAUCAUGCGGCAGGAUGAUGUCCUUGCUGAGCUGGAAAUUCGUGAGCUAAAUCUUCAGGAUGCAGGAGAUUAUACCUGUGUGUGUGGAGACCAACACACCACUGCUUCUCUGACAGUGAAGGCCCUGCCAGUGGUUUUCAAGGAAGAACUGAAAAAUGAAGAAGUCUUGGAAGGAGCAUCAGUUUCUCUGCAUUGUGAAUUAAGCAAAGAAGCUCCAGUGCAGUGGAAAAUAGGGUCCAAAGUGCUAAAAGCAAGUGACAAAUAUCAAAUGAGUCAGCAUGGCAUCACUGCUGAGUUGGUCAUACGUGACCUAGAUGUAAAAGAUUCUGGAAAUUACACCUGUGUUUGUGGUGACCAGAAGACAACAGCAACCUUAACUGUUCAUGCUCUGCCACCACUCUUUAAGGAAGAGCUAAAGAACAAGGAAGCAGAAGAAGGUGGAGAUGUCACCCUGCACUGCGAGCUCACCAAGGCUGCUCCAGUGGAGUGGCAGAAGGACCAGAGGGUUCUCAAAAUGAGCAAGAAAUACAAAAUGAGGCAGGAAGGGACCCGGGUAGAGCUGGUGAUUCAUGAAAUAGCUGAGGAAGAUGCAGGAGACUACACCUGUGUGUGCGGAGAGCACCAGACUACAGCUGUCUUAACAGUACAGGCUGUGCCUCCAUUUUUCCAAGAAGAACUGACCAACAAGGAAGCAGUAGAAGGUGGAACGGCCACUUUGCACUGUGAGCUCAGCAAGGCAUCUGCCCCUGUCCAGUGGAAGAAGGGCCAUCGCAUCCUCACCUCAGGCAAAAAGUACAGCAUGAGCCAGGAAGGCUGUGUCGUGAAGCUGGUAGUUCAUGAUUUAGACUUGAAUGAUGCUGGAGAUUAUACCUGUGUGUGUGGAGAUGAGACCACUACAGCUGCCUUAACAGUGCAUGCACUGCCUCCAGAAUUCAAAACAGACCUGAAGGACCUAGAAGCUGAAGAAAGUGGGACAGCUACGCUGCACUGUGAGCUGACUAAACCUGCAGUGGUGGAGUGGAAGAAAGGGCAGGAGGUGCUCAAAGAAAGCAGCAAAUAUAAGAUGAGACAUGAUGGUGCUGUUGCAAAGCUGAUUAUCCAUGAGCUGGAUGUGGAGGACACUGGAGAUUAUACAUGUGUGUGUGGAGAUCAGCAGACAACAGCCACUUUGACGGUCAAUGCCCUACCAGCUCUUUUUAAACAAGAGCUUCAGAAUACCGAGGCAGAAGAAGGUGGUAUGGCAACACUGAGGUGUGACCUUACCAAACCCAAGGCUCCAGUGGAGUGGAGGAGAGGCGAUAUUACUCUCUACCCUGGUUUGAAAUACGAAAUGAAGCAGCAGGGCUCCACAGCUGAACUGGUCAUUUAUGACUUAGAACUGGAUGAUUCAGGAGAGUACACCUGCGACUCUGGACAUCAGCAGACAACAGCUGCAGUAACUGUACAUGCACUACCUGUCACAUUUAAGCAACCCCUUCAAAAUAAGGAAUCAGAGGAAGGAAGUACAGCUACUUUCUGCUGUGAGCUAUCAAAACCCAGUGCUGCAGUGGAAUGGAGGAAAGGAGGAGUGGUGCUGCAGCCCAGCCAGAAGUAUGAAAUGAGACAAAGGGAAUGCCUGGUAGAGCUCUUAAUACAUAAUCUCAAAUUAGAAGAUACAGGAGAAUACAGCUGUGAUACUGGGGAUCAGGAAACAAAGGCAUCUUUAAAUGUAAAAGCCCUACCAGUUCUUUUCAAAAGGGAGCUAAAGGACAAGGAAGUUGAAGAAGGAGCUGCAGUGAAAUUCCAGUGUGAGCUGACAAAGGAAAAUGCAACUGUGGAGUGGAGGAAAGGCACCAUGGAGCUCUUCUCGUGUGCCAAAUAUGAAAUUAAAUUAAGUGGUUGCACAGCUGAACUUGUGAUCCAUAAUGUAGAACCAGAAGAUGCCUCCGAUUAUACAUGUGAUACAGGAGACCAGCAGAGCACAGCAGUCCUCCGAGUGAAUGCCAUCAAACCCCAGCUGAGGCAGCAGCUGAAGAAUGAAGAAGUGGAAGCAGGAGGAACAGCCAAGCUGCGCUGUGAGAUUUCCAUAAGCAAAGCAGAAGUGGAGUGGAGGAAAGACGGAGUCCUGCUUCAGUCGAGUUCCAAGUAUGAAAUGUGGCAGCACGGCACCCUCCGUGAGCUGCGUGUUCACCGCUUGGAGCCCAGUGAUGCUGGCGAAUAUUCCUGCAAGGCUGGAGAUGAGAUGACCUCUGCAAAACUGACUGUGAAAGAGCCUGACGUGACCAUUGUGAGUGGCCUAAAGGACAUGGUGGUAUUUGAAGGGGAUGAUGUCACCUUUCAGUGCCAGGUUUCUCAUGAGAAUGCAAGGGAUGUUGAAUGGAAGCUACAGGAUGUUGCUCUGCAAAAUAAUGAAAUGAAUGAGAUCUCAGUGGAAAAGGGAAAGAUCCAUAAGCUGACGUUAAGAAAGGUGACAGACCAGGACAUUGGCACUAUUGCUUUCCGAGUGGGACCACACGUGUCUACAGCAGAGCUCACAGUAAAAGUGCCACCUCCAGUCUUUAAGGAGAAAUUACAGAGCAAAGAAUUGCAGGAAGAAGAAACUGCCACCUUCCACUGUGAGGUCUCCCAGCCUAAUGUUGCAGUGCAGUGGAAGAAGGGUGCCCAGGUGAUUUCCCCAAGCUCCAAAUAUGAAAUCAGGCAAGAGGGAACAAUCCAUACUUUAAAGAUUUAUCACUUAAAACCAGAAGACUCGGGUAAAUACACCUGUGAUAAUGGAAAUGAGCAAACGACGGCCACUUUAACUGUUAAAGCUUUACCAGUAAUUUUCACGCAACCGCUCCAGAACCAGCAAGCUGAAGAAGGUGGCACUGUCACUUUGCAUUGUGAAAUCUCAAAACCAAAUGCCACUGUGCAGUGGAAGAAGGCUGGGACAGUGCUGCGACCAAGUGACAAGUACAAGAUGCGCCAGUCUGGGUCUGUGGCUGAGCUAAUGAUUUGCAACUUGAGUGAAGCUGAUGCUGGGGAAUACAUGUGCGAUACAGGAGACCAGCAAACCACCGCAGUUGUGCACAUGAAAGAACCAGCAGCAACCAUAGUGGAGAUGCUGAAGGACGUCACUUCAUAUGAAGGAGAAGAUGCAGUGUUUGAAUGCAGGCUGUCACGGGAAACAACUCAGGAUGCUCAGUGGUUCCUGGGAGAUGUUCCCUUGCAAUCCAACGAAAUGAAUGAGAUCAGAGUCCAAGGGACACGUCACACUUUGAUCCUGAGAAAGGUGACACUAGAAGACUGUGGGCCUGUCAGUUUCAAAGUCGGACAGCAUACCUCAGGAGCACAGCUAACAGUCCAAGUUCCUCCAGUCACCUUUGUAAAGGUUCUCCAAAAUUUGGAGCUGCAGGAGGGCAGCACGGCUCACCUGUGCUGUGAGGUGUCCAAGCCCGACAUCCCGGUGGAGUGGAAGAAAGGCGCGUCUGUGAUCCACUCCAGCCAGAAGUGCAGCAUUAAGCGGGAGGGGAACGUGCACACGCUGGUCAUUCACGAUUUGAACCGUGAGGACUCGGGAGAAUACAGCUGCCACACGGCUGAUGGGAAGACCACGGCCAGGCUGGAAGUUAAAGCCCUACCUGUGCUUUUCAAACACUGGCUGAAAAAUGAGGAGGUGGAGGAAGGGCGCACAGCCGUGCUGCACUGUGAGUUGACGAAGCCCAGCGCACCCGUGGAGUGGAGGAAAGGAAAUACCGUGCUGCACUCGAGCGACAAGUACGAGAUCCGGCAAGAGGGGACACGUGUUGAGCUCUUCAUCUACGAUGCUGAGGCUCAGGAUGCUGGGGAUUACACGUGCGACUCGGGGGAUCAACAGACCACUGCAUCACUGCAAGUCAAAGUACUACCCGUGCUGUUUAAUGAAGAACUGAAAAAUGUGGAGUCUGAAGAAGGGGGAACAGCUGUCUUGCACUGUGAGAUCUCCAAGCCAGACGCCCCAGUUGAGUGGAGAAAAGGAGGGGUCAUCAUUCAGCCCAGUGACAAGUAUGAGAUGAAGCUGAAAGGCAGCAUUGCCGAGCUGAUCAUCCAUGGCGUGGAGCCUGAUGACUGCGGGGAUUAUACCUGCAGCACUGGAUACGAGAUCACCACAGGUUCUGUAUACGUGCAAGAAGAAGAAGCAGUCAUAGUUUCUGGUUUAAAGAACACAGACGUCUUUGUGGGUGAGUCGGCCACGUUCACCUGCGAGCUCUCACACCCAGGCGUGAAGAAUGUACAGUGGUGGCUCGACGGAUCUCCCCUUCACAACAACUUUGUGACUGAAAUCUCUGAGCAGGAUGGGAUAAUCCACACUUUAACCCUAAAUGAUGUGGCGUGCCACGACUCAGGCACUGUCACCUUCAGAGCUGGGUCUCUUAUAUCUUCUGCUAAAUUAUUAGUCAAAGAUCCAACCAUUGAAGUGGUCAGUCCCAUGCAGGAUAUAACUGUUGAUGAAGAUGGCACAGCAGAGUUCAUAUGCCAAUACUCUAGGCCAGUGCACGCCAUAUGGAAGAAAAAUGAUCAGGAAAUACAUGCAGAUGGGCAGCGAGUGAUUAUCGAUCAGGACUGGAAUGUAAGCAUGCUAAUAAUUAAACCUACGGUACCAGAAGACAGUGGCAUCUAUUCUUGUGAAGCUGAAGGCACUAAAGUGAUGGCUGCACUUGAUGUUCAAGCCAAGAACAGCAUUGUCCAGGGCCUGGAGAAUGUGGAAGCAGUGGAAGGAGGAGAAGCCCUGUUUGAAUGCUACCUUUCCAAGCCCGAGUGCUGCGAUUACAACUGGCUGAUUGACGACGAGCCUGCCAAAACUACAGAAAACACUGAGAUGGUUUACUUUGAAAAUGGGCGCAGGCAUCUGCUGCUGCUGAAGAACCUGACUCUCCAGGACAGCUGCAGGGUGACUUUCACGUGCAGCGACGCCAUGACCUCAGCCUUCCUGACAGUGAAAGGAUGGCGCCUGAAGAUCUUGCAGCCUCUCACUGAUGUGGAAGUCUCUCCGGGAGAGAAAGCUACAUUUAGCUGUGUUCUAAGUGAAGCUGUGCCAAUUAAUGAAGUUACCUGGUAUAUUAAUGACAUGGAGAUCCAAUCAGAUGAGGACUGGGAGGUACAAGCAGAUGGAAACAAAUACAAACUUAUUCUGAGAAAAGCUCAACCGCAUCAUUCAGGAGAGGUGACCUUUGCUUCCAGGGAAAUAAUUGCAUCAGCCAAGUUAUCUGUUAUAGAACCUACAGUUACGGUCACCCAUCCUUUGGUGGGAGGAUCAGUCUCAGAAGGGGACAUGGCUCGCCUGGAGUGCAAAUUAUCAAGUGAAAUCAAAGAGAGCGUGACAUGGCUGAAAGGAAAAGAACAAAUACACACUGGAGGGAGAUAUGAAAUCAUCUCUGAUGGAAAAAAACAAAUACUCAUUAUUCAUGCAUUUAAACCUGAAGAUCAGGACACAUAUACCUGCAUGGUUUCUCCAGAAGUCAAGUCUGUUGCCAGCUUGUGUCUUGAAGUGCCUACAGUGACAAUGCUAAAAGAGAUCGCCAUGGAAGCGCCCCCUGCAAGCCAACAGGAAGAGCUGGUAGAUGGCCACGACCAGCCCAGGCUGCCCCCCGAGGCUGCGCAGGAGGGAGACCUCCACCUCCUGUGGGAAGCUCUGGCCAAGAAACGCCGGAUGAGCCGGGAGCCCACCUUGGAUUCCAUCAGUGAGGUACCUGAAGAGGACGAGAGGCUCCAGAAGCUGAAGAAGGAGGAAGCAGAGAUGUCUCACUAUUACUCAGAGGAGUACUCCACAUGUGAUGAGCUGGCCAGGACAGGAGAAGCAGAUUUGUCCUUCACAAGCUCAGAUGAUGAGUCCAGAGCUGGGACUCCUUCACUAGUGAACUACCUCAAGAAAGCUGGAAAGAAAAGUGUUAGUGUUACUGCCAAGGUUCAGUCUGUCUCCACAGGCAAAUUAUGGAAACAGUGGGAGAAAUCCAGUGUGGAGACUGUUGUGGCUGCCCCAGCUGCUAAGCCAGCUGAACCAGAAAUAACAGAUUUAGAUGAUCCUUCCAUGAACAAGGCUGCUGUGAAGAUUCAGGCUGCUUUCAAAGGCUACAAAGUCAGGAAAGAGAUCAAGCAACAAGAAUGUCCAGUGUUUACUGAGACCUUCAGAGACUUCUGUGGAGAGCCUGGAAGCACUCUCCACCUUGAGUGCAUGGCCCACAAAACUGACAUGAAAGUCCGUUGGCUGAAAGAUGGGGAAGAACUUUCGGAUGGUCGCUACUAUCACAUAGAUAAUUACAGUGAUGGGACCUGCUCUUUGAUCAUCACUGGCCUGGAUAGGAAAGAUGCAGGUAAAUACACCUGUGAGGUAUCCAAUAAAUUUGGGAAGGUUUCACAUAGUGCCAAGGUGGUGAUUGGCACUCAGGAACCUCAAGUGCUUCGUAAGGAGAAGCAAAUUAAACAAAGCACUGAUAGUGAGACAGAGAGCUCCUCUGGCAGCGAGCUGGAUGAUGCUUUCCGUAAAGCAGGAAGGAGACUUCAUAGACUUUUCAGGGCCAAGAUCUCAACGGAGAUAUCUGAUGUGGAGGAAGAGCUUGUCAGCGCGGAUGAAGGGGACAUAGACGUGGUUGACCAUCAGACAUAUCGUGAGGAUGACCAAUACAUUUACAUCAAGUUUGAAAUCUUGUCCGAGGCAAAAACUGCCGCCACUCGUUUCAGAGAGAUGUUCGGUGCUCUGGGAAUUCCUGUGGAGAUUGACAUUUUAGAACAGGGCCCUAAGAAAAUUGAAUUGCGUAUUGGGAAAGCAACACCACCCACCCAUGGGAAGUUUGCACCACCAGUAAUGAGACCACCACCACCUUUGCUGACUUCUGAUACAGCUCCCAUGUUCAUGACUGAGCUCCAGAACCAAGAGGUUCAAGAUGGAUAUCCUGUCAGCUUCGACUGUAUUGUUGUUGGCAAACCUCCCACGGUUCGCUGGUUCAAGGAUGGGAAAGCUAUUGAAGAAAAUGAUCAUUACAUGAUCAACGAGGACCAGGAGGGGUGCCACCAGCUGAUCAUCACAGCUGUGGUCCCCACUGACAUGGGCGUUUACCGUUGCCUUGCUGAAAACAACAUGGGAGUUGCUUCAACCAAGGCUGAGCUUCGAGUGGACUUGACCAGCACUGACUAUGAGACAGCAGCAGAUGCAACAGAGACAUCUUCUUACUACAGUGCCAAAGAAUAUAUUUCAAGUCGAGAACAGGAGGAAUCUACCACUGAAGAGGAGCAAUUGCCCCAGAUCCUCGAUGAACUUCAUGAUAUUCAUGUGGCACCUGGAGCACCACUGGCUAUUCACCUGAAGGUGAAAGGGUACCCAGAGCCCCGUCUCUAUUGGUUCAAGAAUGGACAGCCAUUAAAGGCCUCGGAUCGUAUCCUGAAGAUCGAUAAAAGGGAAUUGCAUUCACUGGAAAUUCUCAAUGUCACUAAGUCAGAUGCUGGCCAAUACUCAAUAUUUCUCAUCAACUCUGCUGGUUCUGCAUAUUCAUCAGCCAGGCUGGUAGUCAAAGAUCCUGAUGAGAAAGAAGAGCCAGAAACAGAUUCCCAUGAGCAGCUGACACCAAGGUUCCUAGAAAGAUUUACUAACAAAAAGGUAGAAGAAAGGUGCAAGCAUCACAUUAUCUGUAAAGUUGAAGGACACCCUCCACCAACUAUUACUUGGAUGAAAGAAGAGUCUCAGGAAGACAUCCUGUGGAUCAAACCAGAUACUCCUGGAUAUAAACUCGCCAGUUCAAAUAUGCAUCACAGUCUAAUCCUGUUGGAUGUUAAAAAGAAGUACAGUGGAGCUUAUACAUGCAUUGCUACCAACAAAGCUGGCCAGUCCAUCUGUACUGCCACCCUAGAAGUUGCAGAUGUGAAAGAGGCUGAAGUUCUGACCCAAGAGCGCGUGAUGGUAUCAGAAGCCAUAAUGACCACGCUGGGAGCUGUUCAUCCCUCUGAAGGAGAUCUUGAAGCUGGUAGGGAAGGUGUACCCAAAACCCCUAUUUCAUUAGCUGAUGUUGGAACAGAAGAGUUCUUCCAGAAACUCACCUCUCGUAUCUCAGAAAUGGUAUCUGCAAAAAUAAGUCAGGCUACACUUCGAGUGCCAGGUGCAGAAAGUGAUGAGGAGUCAAAAACUCCCUCUGCAUCUCCUCGGCAUGGACGAUCCAGACCUUCAUCCAUUGCUCAGGAGUCCUCAUCUGAAUCUGAAGAUGGGGAUUCCAGAGGAGAGAUUCUUUGAUGUCUAACAUGGGUCACAGCUGACUAUGUGCCUGCUGCACCUGACAGGGAGACCAUCACUUUGAAGGAAGGCCAAUAUGUGGAAGUCCUUGAUUCAGCUCAUCCUCUGAUGCUGGUCAGGACUAAACCCACAAAAUCCAGCCCCUCUCGACAGGGUUGGGUAUCUCCAGCUUAUCUGGACAAGAAAUUAAAGUUGUCACCAGAGUGGGGAUCAACAGAAGUUCCCGAGUUUCCUGGAGAAUUUGUUUCUGAGGAUGAAUAUAAAAGGAAGCUAAGUGUUCUUAUUCAAGAACUAUUGAUCUCAGAAGAGGAUUAUAUUCAGGAUCUACAGUUCCUCCAGACUCAUCACCUUAAGUACACUGAGGUCUGUCCCAAUGUCCCAGGAGCUGUUGCCAGUCAGAAAUCCACCAUCUUCAGAAAUAUUGAUGACAUUGCUCACUUCCAUUCCAGUGUCUUCCUCCGAGGCCUACAGAAAUGUGACACUGAUGAUGACGUGGCCAUGUGCUUUAUUAAACAUGAGGCAGAAUUUGAUAAGUACAUCCAGUACCUGGUGGGGCGGGUACAGGCUGAGUCGAUUGUUGUAAGCAAAGCUGUCCAGGAUUUCUACAAGAGAUAUACAGAUGAAAUUUUAACUAAUGAAGAUCCGUCACAUCCACUUAUCCCCCCACUGCAGCACUAUCUGGAAAAACCCAUAAACAGGAUCCAGCAGUAUCAGACUAUUAUCAAGGAAUUAAUCCGAAACAAAGCAAGAAAUAGCCAAAAUUGUACUUUGCUGGAGCAGGCUUAUGCCAUUGUGUCAGCACUCACCCGAAGAGCAGAAAACAACCUUCAUGUCUCACUCAUUGAGAACUACCCAGGGACUUUGGAAAGCCUUGGUGAACCUAUCCGACAGGGCCACUUCAUUGUGUGGGAAGGAGCUCCAGGAGCUAGAAUGGCAUGGAAAGGACACAAAAGGCAUGUCUUCCUGUUCAAGAAUUACAUUGUGAUCUGCAAACCAAAACGAGACACAAAGACGGACACCUACAGCUACAUCUUCAAGAACAUCAUGAAGCUGAACAACAUCGAUGUGAACGACAUCGUGGAAGGGGAUGACCGUGCGUUUGAGAUCUGGCACGAACGGGAAGAUUCAGUCCGCAAGUACCUCCUUCAGGCGCGUACAGUGAACAUCAAGAACUCCUGGGUGAAGGAGAUCUGUGGCAUACAGCAGCGAAUCAGCCAGCCUAUCUGGAUACCUCCAGACUUUGAGGAAGAACUGGCAGACUGUACAGCUGAGCUGGGAGAGACAGUCAAGCUGGCUUGCAAAGUUACAGGAGCUCCCAAGCCGUCUGUCAGCUGGUACAAAGAUGGAAGGCCAGUGGAGGUGGAUCCCCAUCACAUUAUAAUAGAAGAUCCCGAUGGUUCCUGUACAUUGAUCUUGGACAACCUAACAGGUGUUGACUCAGGACAGUACAUGUGCUUUGCUUCCAGUCCUGCUGGAAAUGCCAGUACCUUAGGAAAGAUCCUUGUUCAAGUGCCACCACGGUUUGUGAACAAGGUUAGAAAUGCUUAUUUUGUUGAGGGUGAAGAUGCUCAGUUUACCUGUACUAUUGAAGGAGCACCGAGGCCUCAAGUCAGAUGGUACAAAGAUGGUGUACUGUUGAAGGACACAAGUAAAUACCAGACGUUCAGUGAACCACGGAGUGGCAUUCUAGUCCUGGUGGUCAAGAACACUUCCAAUGAAGAUAUGGGACACUAUGAAUGUGAACUGGUGAACAGAUUAGGGUCAGCAAAAAGUGGAGCAGAACUUUACCAUCACACUGCUGCAGCCCUGACUCAGGAGAGGAGAGGAGACCAAGCCAUUACCAUAGAAGGAAGGGCUUCCUCACAGCCAGCACUGGAGACUUCUGUCCAGGCCUCACUUCAGCGUGCUGACCAGGAGAUCAAGACAGCCCUAAGGAAACUUGUGGACUCGGCGUCACUGCUUGUGACUCUUCCCCCGGGCGUGCGAGGAGCCGGUGGCCAUGGCCUUCCUGGGCCCGUUCCCUCAGACCACUCGGGAGCAGCGGCCGGGCCUCCUGUUCACGAAGCCAGCACCCAAACCCAGACUGCUGGAGGGCAUGACAAAGCACAAAGGCAGAUUCCAGCUGAAGAACCAAGCGCACCGAAGCCCAGCCCUGGCCUUUCCCGUGAAGAGACGGCGGCUGGAGCUCAGAGCGCUCAGGAGCGCACUGUUCCCAUUUCCAGAACAUCACCAGCUGCGGGGGCAGGAGACUGGUACAGAAGAGAAGGAGAUGUGGUCUGGGAUGUACACAGUGAAGUUUAUAUUGAGACCACGGAAAGAACUCGUGUGUACAAGACUGAGGAGAAGACCCCAACAAGUCCUCCCUAUAUGCAAGUGACAAUAGAGGACGUGCAGGUGAAUGCUGGUGAACGUGCCAAAUUUCAGGCAGUCAUUGAAGGAACCCCUCAGCCUACUGUGCUGUGGUUUAAGGGCACUUCACUGCUGACAGACAGCAAUAGGCUCCAUCAAGGGAUGGCAGGCACAACGUAUUUCUUAAUCCUGGACAACGUUGGCUCAGAAGAUGGUGGUGUCUACACCUGUGUAGCCAAAAAUGCAGGAGGGGAGGUUCUGUGCAAAGCCGAGCUUGUUGUACACGAAGCUAAGAAAGACCAAGCAGCAAAAAAAGUGGCCACCCGGAGAAAACUCCAUUCCCUGUACGAGGUUAAGCAGGAGAUUGGAAGGGGCUGCUUCAGCUUUGUGAAACGAGUUGUGCAUAAAGGGAACAGAGUGUCUUGUGCUGCCAAAUUCAUCCCUCUACGAAGCAAAACGAAGGCUCGUGCACAUCAGGAGAGGGAUAUUCUUGCCUCUCUGUCCCACGACAGAAUUACCAGGCUGCUGGAUCAGUUUGAGACACGGAAAACCCUGAUUUUGAUUCUAGAGUUAUGCUCCAGCGAGGAGCUCCUUGACCGUUUAUUCAAGAAGAGUGUUGUCACUGAAGCAGAGGUCAAAUUGUAUAUCAAGCAAAUUUUGGAAGGAGUCAAAUAUCUUCAUGACAACAACAUUCUACAUUUGGACAUCAAGCCUCUGAAUAUCCUCAUGGUUUAUCCUGAAAGGGAAGACCUUAAGAUCUGUGACUUUGGCUUUGCUCAGAAGAUCACACCCUUUGAGCCUCAGUUCAGCAAAUAUGGGUCUCCAGAGUUUGUUGCCCCAGAAAUUGUUUCUCAGUCACCGGUGUCAAAAGCAACUGAUAUCUGGGCUGUUGGAGUCAUCACAUAUUUAAGCCUAACAUGCAAGUCUCCAUUUGCCGGGGAGAACGACAGAGGAACACUUCUAAAUAUCCAAAAUGGAGAAAUUUCAUGGACUAUCCCUGAUUUUGUUCACCUGAGUGAAGAUGCAAAGGAUUUUAUAAAGUGGAUCCUACAGAAGCACCCCAAAGACAGGCCUAGUGCUCUGGACUGCCUUUCCCACAAGUGGUUCCUGCAUAAUCUCCCACUUGAAACAGCUCAUUUCAUUAAUACCAAGCAGCUCAAAUUCAUUGUGACUCGGAGCAAGUGGCAGCGGUCCCUGAUGUGCUAUAAAUCCAUACUGGUGAUGCGAUCCAUCCCAGAAAUCCUGGAAGGGACUCACGACAACACCUCCCUGGCCAUCUCCCGGCAUCUGAUCGAAGAAAGCACUUCCUCCAGCACUAGCGGCUCCUCUUCAGACAACGAGAACUCGCACUUCCCCAAGAAGAGGCACUUUGGCUCUGCACCUGAACUGCACUUGUCCAUAUUUGAUGCACCGAGCAGCCAGGAGCCUCCAAAACAUCCACGUGAAGAGAAGCACUCCAAAAUCUCAAUCCCACCUGUAAAACCCAUGAGGAAGAAAUACGCUGCAAUGAAAAGUGAAGUGAAGGACAAAUCACCUACAGAAAGCAAAGAGCUCGUGACAGGUAUUUUAAAAGAGCAAGAGGAGGGGCUUCAGCUCAGAAUCCAAGAUGAAAGAGCAGAGUGGUCCCAAAGAAGUGGUGCAGCUGAACCUUCAUCAGUGAAGACUUCCUCAGAAAAUGCAUCAGAUCUAUCUCAAAAACAAAAACCAGACAUAAUUUUAUCUGAAAAGGACAAAACUGAAAAGGCUGGGGAUGGGACAGAAAAGCCACCUGUGUGUGUUCCUAGACAGAGCGUCAUUAAAAGCACUUUCUACAGCCAAGCGGCUGAACUACCUGCAAGGAUGCCUUCGUCACCCAGCAGGGAGCUCAGGAGGCACUUGGACAGAGCCAGAAGAACUUUCCGGAAAGCUGGAUAUUCAAAAGUGCCCCUCAGUGGUCUCCGUGAACCCCUCCUGGAACAGUUCGAACUGGAAGAAGAAGAAGGCAAGUCUGAUGAUGGAGAUGAUCACAGGGAAAGCCUCCUGGGUUCCUUGACCAAAUCAGCUUCGUUUGAUACUUCCAGGAAACCACCCCAUCCUGCUAUUGCUGGGUCUAGCCGGAGUCGUUCCCUGGAUGACUACAGGCUGAGGGCCUCGAGAUCAGUGAGGGAGCAAGAUAUUUUGGAAGAAGACUGUGAUAUAACGGCACAGGAAAGUUGCCCGGAGGGCAGCGAGCACUGCGACAUUUCUGCGGGGCCAGGCAAGGGAUGUUCUGCAGGCACUUCAGAGCAAGAGGACUUCAGGAGAGCCAGCAAGGAUCGUUCAGAAGAGCAGCUCUCUCCUUCCACACAAUGUGAGGGUAAUGGGUGCCCAGCUGUUUGUGUGCAACAGCUAGACAGGCUUCCAGUGUCACCUCAAAGGAGUGAGAAUAGGAAACAUUUACUGAAGAAGUCAAAAGCGACUUACAUGGAGGAGGAGGCUGGAGAUCUGGAAGGCAAAAGCCCCAUUCUGUCUGCCCAGCACUCAGACGUAACUGUGUCAUCAGCUCAAAAACAUGAAAUCAAGGAGGAUAAGCCUCCCUCUGGCAGUGCUCCUGACGCUGCUUUUCAGGAGGGUGAACAGGCCAUUUCAACAGUCCCACAGUCAGAGACCACCUCCACGUCAGCCCCUGGCAGUACGAGAGGAGCGUACCAUCUGCCCCAGGAGUCUGCUCACAGCACCGACACCCAUCCCCAUGUAAAAGGUGAGGGCUUCCUCAUCAAAAGGACAGCCCCAGCUCCACCUUGGAAAGACAAAAGGCAGAAACAUUCCCAUGAGAAGGCUUCUGCUCACAGCGUUGUCAAGUCUGAUCUCAUGGAGCAUGAAAGUUCUUCUGUUUUAACAGGCCCACAGACAGAAACUGAUUCACUUCCAGUGUGUAAAGAAAAAAGUCAGCAACUUUCCGAUCAAAGCAUUCCAGCACCUACUGGCGUGGAGGGCAAACAGCCAGGUGUCCCAUCAGUUCUGCAAACAGCUGGUGAACAUGCUCACCAGAAGCCAAAGACCUACAAAGAGGUGAGAUCUGCAGUCCUGGAGGAUGAAGGACCAAGUAUUGCUGGGAUCACUCCACUUUCAGCCCACGGUGGUGAAAGUGAAGCCCACACAAAGGCUUCAGUUCAUGCAGACACGACAUCAGCCGUCCUAAAGGGAGAGCAUCCCGUUGUUUCAAAAGUCCUGCCACCAAAACCGAUGAGAACUGCCAUUGCUGACAGAGCACGGCACGCUGAAAGGGAGCAGCCAGCUCACAGCAAGGAGAUGCUGGCUGCUCUGAGGAGUGAAGGUUCAUCUGUCACAGAACUUGUUCCCAGUUUGGUCCAUGAAGCUGAAAUUGGGGGAGGUGUACCCCAGAAGGCUUCUCAGGGCAGUGGCAUGGUGCCUGCUGCUCUGGAGGGCAGACACACGGCUAUAACUGUUACAUCCCAAAAUACUGGUCUCCCUUCGGUCUAUGAGAGGGAAAAACAAGAACACCCAAAGGCAUCGCUUCACAGUGAGGUGAGAUCUGCUGUCACAACAAGUGGAAGCCCAGAGGUGGGGCAGACUUUGUCUGCUCCUUGCCCCGAGGCUGGAAGUCAGGUGUUUGAGCAGCACAAGGCUGUCUAUCCUGGUGGAAAAGUUUCUGCUGCUCUGGAGGGCAUGUGCCCAGGUAUUUUAAGUGCUCCACAACCAGAAGUUCAGUCUCCGGCUUCAGUCUAUCAGCUAGCAUAUGAGGAACAUCUAAAGGUUUGUGGCGAGGGGAGAGACACUGCCUUAGAAAGUGGAAGCUGUGAUGACGGAAAAACUGUCCCACCGCUGCUCCACAGGGAUCAAGGUCAGGAGCUCUCCCAUCACAGGUCUUCUUUUUACAGCGAUGAGGAGUCUGCUGUGCUGGAGGGCUUAGUGGACGAGAUGGUUUCCCUCUCUGAAGAGAUGAAUGUUUGGGCAGAGUCAGUUUCUGGCCAGGAGGAAUGCGUAAAGCACAUCUCACCUCCCACAGAGAUGUUCUACAAAGGCCCAGAUAGCCAAGUACCCAUGGACACCUCCUGCCCUUCUGUACGAGGGGGUAAACGAGAAGUCUCUGAGCUGGAUGACCUCGCAGAACCCUACCUUGCUGUGAGCGAGGAGCCAGAGGUACCAAAAGGGCAGGAAGCAAAAACAGUUCCCCAUGAAUGCGAACAUCUGGAGGACUUGGCAUUCGAGAGCCUCAGUUCUAGCCAAGUGAGCGUUUCCCCGACGGAGAGCUCGGAUGCCGAGAAAACACCCGGUGAAGUGCCCGUGAGCAAGGACACCGGCAGACACCCAGAAGUUUCGUUAGUGAAAAUCAAAGACCUGUCGGAUGAAGCACCCAGUCCUGGCAGCGGGACUCCAAAACUCGACAUAUCAGAGGUGGAGCCCGCCUAUUUGAAUUUCUCUGACUUGUAUGACAUUGUCUAUUUUCCGUUUGAAUUCAUGAACUUUAGGAAGCCUCCUCCCAAACCAACGGGUAGGCGGUUUAUACCUUUUAGUGAAAGGGCAAGGGCAAGGUCACCUCCUGCAGGACACCUGCAUAAGGAUAAAAGACUGUGCAUCAGAGAGGAGGCAGAAGGAAAGAACAGGAAGAACCAUUUGGAAAUAUCUGAGGAUUCAGAGGCAGCUAACCUCGUAGUCAUGGGAAAAGGGUCAGAGAGCCAUAGGGAAAUGUAUGGCCCCCAAAAGGACUCGAGUGGCAAGCAGAAAAGCUCCUUCUACAGCAAGCCAGGACUCUUUAAACCCUAUGGAAGGUCUCACUCAGUGGAGCAGUCAGUGGAGCAAAGUCUGAAGAAGAAAGUAAAAGCUUCUGUUGCCCAUAUUUCAAGAAUCCUAAAAGGAAAGACAUCUCCAGAGCCAGAGGCAGAGGAAGAGUUCGGUGAGCUGGGGAGUGAGGUAACAGAAAAAGAGCCCUUAACAGGGGCUGAAGGAUCUAUGAAGCGGAAAUCAGGACUUGCUUCCUUCAAAUUAUCAAGCCUCAUGCCAAAAGAGAAAGCGCCUUUGUUCGUUGAAGAGCUCCUAGACCAGGCUGCUGCCGUAGGACAGUGCGUAACGCUGUCGUGCCGGACAGCAGCUCACUCCUCCCUGCUCAUCAACUGGUUCAGAGAUGGGAUACCUGUCCACAGCAGCAGUCAGAUCCUCAUCUCAUCCACACUCAAAAACUUCCAGCUGUUAACUAUUCUCUCUGUCAGUGCCGAUGAUUUUGGCAUUUACACCUGCGUGGCCACCAACUCCCUGGGUUCAGCAUCUACCUCUUGCAUCAUAAGAAAAGCAGAAGUUCCUCCCAGCCCUCCGCCCCCUGACAUCGUGGAGGUCUACGAGGAUGGAGUGCAGGUGGUCUGGAAACCCGUGGAAACCAACACCCCUGUCCAUUACACCAUCCAGUGCAAGAGUGAAGAUGGGGACUGGACAACUCUUGCUGCUGACAUUGCUGACUGCUGCUACUAUGCCAAAAAUCUCUCCAGGGGAUUUAUCUACUGCUUCCGGAUUGCUUGCACCAGUAAAGCAGGCAUGGGCCCUUACAGCAGCCCAUCUGCCCAAGUGAAAAUCAGCGGGAAGGAUCAAAUGGAGCUUCAUGCUGCAAUGAAGAGCUUCCCAACAGCUGCUACUGAGGAAGAGAGUGAAAUAAUCACACCAUCCGAACCUUUCCCAACCUACCAGACCUAUGCCUUCCAAACAGAGAUCAAAAGGGGGCGUUUCAGCAUCGUCCGACAGUGCAGGGAAAAAGUAAGCGGCAAGACUUUAGCUGCUAAAAUUAUCCCUUACUGGCAAGAGGACAAGCAGACUGUGCUCCUGGAGUACCAAGUCCUGAGGAAGCUUCACCACACAAACAUCGCUCAGCUGAAGGGAGCCUACGUCAGCCCGCGGCACCUGGUGCUGAUCCAGGAGAUGUGUGUGGGACCAGAACUGCUCCACUCCUUGGCAUUACGGACAUCGUACUCAGAAGUGGAGGUCCGAGAUUACCUGUGGCAGAUCCUCAGUGCAGCUGAGUACCUCCAUGCGCACAGCAUCCUGCACCUGGAUCUCAGGUCUGAAAACAUGAUCAUCACCGAGCCCAACCUGCUGAAGCUCCUGGAUUUUGGCAACGCACAGUUCUACACGCAAGACAAGGUUAUUACCAUGGACAAGUGCUUGGACUAUGUUGAAACCAUGGCUCCAGAACUGCUGACAGAGCAAGGAGCCAUCCCGCAGACUGACAUCUGGUCCGUCGGAAUCACAGCGUUCAUCAUGCUGAGUGCCAACUACCCUGUCAGCUCUGAGGUACCCUGCGAGUUUCUGCGAACAACCAGGAAGGGGAAGGUGAAGCUCACGCGGUGCUACGCGGGUCUCUCCGGAGGAGCCGUGUCCUUUCUCCAGAGCACACUGUGUGCAAAUCCUUGGGGAAGGCCAUCAGCCUCCGAGUGCCUUCAGAGUCCUUGGCUCCAGGAGACCGGUUUGGACAACAGGCAGCAAGCACUGGUUACCUUCCCCACCACCAAACUGAGGAAUUUCCUCACUGAACGAGAAAAGAAAAGGGGCCUGCUGUGCUCCAAGUACGGCCUCAUGAUUGCCCAAUGAAAGAGAUGUGGCGACGGACAGCAAUGGUCUCCCUCUCCCUUUCUGCACCCAGCGUUUGGUACCGAAGGGUGCCGUUGAGUUACUGUGCAUCACCUGAGCCAGGCUGGCUGCCUGGGGCUGUGCACAUCACUCUCCGUGAGUGCAAUUUAGCGUAACUGAGCAAAUGAAUCCACGUUACUCGCAUUGCCAUGUGGUAAGAACAGAAAUACAGGCUGUCGGUAUGGCUCAGCUGACUAACAGUAACUUUACGGUAUGUGUCACUCGGCUCCAUGCUUCCAGGAAUAACCGGGAAAGGUUUGCGUAGCCAUUUCUGAGGGGGACUAGCUACUAGCCCUGAGCAGCUUUGCAAAUCCUUCCCUGAGGUCAGAAAAACUCCCUGUGUGCAAAUACUGGGCCCUGACUUCUGCCCCUGGCCCCAGGGUGUCAUCGCCAGACACUAGGACACGUUACUCACCUGCUUGUCCCACGGUAACCCCUGCAGCAAGGUCUGAGUGCCUGGUGCGCUCCUCACCUGCCUCGGAUCCAAAAGAAAAUGGUGAAGACUUGUGAUGGGAAAAUAUCUGAUGUGGAGAGGACUCAGGGAAGGUGAUAGGAGACUGGGGGAAGCAAUCGGGGUAAAUAAGACAGAAAGAUUAAUCGUGGGGAAAUAGUGAGCAGUUGUGGGGUAUUAGACAGCAGUGUGU